AACUGACUGGCUGAGGUUGACUGGCUAAGCAACCUCAAUUGUAAACAUGAUCAGUAUUUGGUUAUCUAUCCAUGGAAUAGGCACAGUUUUUCCAGGAGAUGAGCCAACUCAUGGGUCAGAGGUGUUCUCCAUCUGACCCCUAAAUUUACAUUUCAUUCAAGAGUCUCAUGCAAUAUUGUGGAGCAAAGGAAUUUAACAGCUACAGCUGUUGAGAGAAGGUAAUGAUCAUAUUAUUAUCUAUACAUUAUAGUGUUUUAUCAAAAAUAUAAAAUUCCAAAUUCUUAGUUUUUAGAUAAUUCCAAUUUAUUAAAACCCAGUUAUCUCUUUGCUAUCAAAAUAUAAUUUAUCUCAUCAUGACGUCUGCCAUCAUCAUGUGUUUAAAUUUUACAAAUUAAAAUUUAAGAGGUUUUACUCAUUUAAGAGUUAAUUCAUUUAACAAUAAAUUAAUAGUAAGCAUGGGUUUCAUUUAAUGGUAGCAUAAGCAGCAGGGAAGUUUCUCUCAAGGUGGUUGUGAGCUGAUUUUUUUUUUCUCCUUUUCAAUAAAAGCAGGACACUAAUUAAAGCAGUGUUAGGAAAGACCAUCUUUAAAAGAAUGAUUGAACCAACCUGAGCACCCACCCAAUGAAUUUGGUACAAGGCGGUAUAUAAAAGACAGUGAAGACGUCUGAGAGAAAAAAGUGGGGGCACAUAAUGAGAGUAAAUACGGUAAUCUGUUCAUUUGCUCACUGGAGUGCUGGACUUGGGACUUAGGAGUGCCAGAUGGGGCCACUUAGAGAAGACAUCUGACCUGGCCUGAAAUGUAGGUGAGAGACAAGAUUGGCUCAUAUCCUGGGGAAUAAUAACCUAUUCUACCACGAGGAAGAGGAAGCAUUGCCUCAGGCUCUGCCUACAAGGGAAGUGUUCACCUUCAAAGGCCAGUGACCAAGCUAAUGGGGGGCUUGAUGUUCUGAUUGAUCCUUUGUUCCUGAUUGUUCAAAGUGGACCCCAAAGGAGAAGUCACAGCAAAGAAUUUAUCACCCAGCAGUCCCCGAGGCCCAGAAGCAAACCUGGAGGUGAGACAUGAAGAAAGCUGGAACCAUACUGACCUUGUGCACUGCAGAGAUGCAGACUCCGCUCCUGGAAAGCCCACGGUCAAUGCAAAGGAGGGAGAUGGGGGUCCCCAAAUCUGCCGUGUAUGUGGGGAUAAGGCCACUGGUUAUCACUUCAAUGUCAUGACAUGUGAAGGAUGCAAGGGCUUUUUCAGGAGGGCCAUGAAACGAAAUGCCCGGCUGAGGUGCCCCUUCCGGAAGGGCACCUGUGAGAUCACACGGAAGACCCGGCGGCAAUGCCAGGCCUGCCGCUUGCGCAAGUGCCUGGAGAGCGGCAUGAAGAAGGAGAUGAUCAUGUCAGACGCAGCCGUGGAGCAGAGGCGGGCCUUGAUCAGGAAGAAGAAGCGAGACCGGAUCGGAACGCAGUCCGCGGGAGCCAAGGGUCUGACUGAAGAGCAGCGGACGAUGAUCAAGGAGCUGAUGGACGCUCAGAUGAAAACCUUUGACACUACCUUCUCCCAUUUCAAGAACUUCCGGCUGCCAGAGGUGCUCACCAGUGGCCGUGAGAUCCCAGAGUCUCUGCAGACUCCACUGGGGGAAGAAGCUGCCGAGUGGAACAAGAUCAGGGAAGAUCUGUGCUCACUGAAGGUCUCUCUGCAGCUGCGGGGGGAAGAUGGCAGCGUCUGGAACUACAAACCCCCAGCCGCCAGCAGCGGGAAAGAGAUCUUCUCCCUGCUGCCCCACAUGGCUGACAUGUCAACCUACAUGUUCAAAGGCAUCAUCAACUUUGCCAAAGUCAUCUCCCAUUUCAGAGACUGGGACCUGGGAGUGCGGCCGGCUGUCCUACUGCUUGGAAGACCCUGCAGGUGGCUUCCAGCAGCUUCUCCUGGAGCCUGUGCUGAAAUUCCACUACAUGCUGAAGAAGCUGCAGCUGCACAAGGAGGAGUAUGUGCUGAUGCAGGCCAUCUCCCUUUUCUCCCCAGACCGGCCAGGUGUGGUGCAGCGUGGCAUGGUGGACCAGCUGCAGGAACGAUUUGCCAUCGCCCUGAAGGACUACAUCGAGUGCAAUCGGCCCCAACCCGCCCACCGGUUCCUGUUCCUGAAGAUCAUGGCGAUGCUCACGGAGCUCCGCAGCAUCAACGCCCAGCACACCAGGCGGCUGCUGCGCAUCCAGGACAUCCACCCCUUCGCCACGCCGCUCAUGCGGGAGUUGUUCAGCAUCUCGGAUGGCUGAGCCCCUGGCCCGGGGCGCCUCCCUGGGGCAGCCACAGCCAGGGCCGUGGGGCCACUGCUGCUGGGCCUACACAGAGGACAUCGCUCAGAGCCGACCGCGUCCUGUGGGUCCUGCCUUCUCAGGGAAUUCACAACCACGCUGACGACACUAGCUUGUGUGCCGCAGGGAGGAGACAUGGGCCCCCCAGCCCCCAGCUCAGUCUGCGGAGAGCAAACUGAAAUCCUCAUAUGGAGAGUGCACUGGCCAAUGGGUCAGGUCCAUUAAGAGGCAAGGCCACUGUUCCCUUAGAAAAGGCCCUGCGGUCUGGGGAUUUCAUGUCGUGGUGGGAGAGGGGAAAGGGUGACCAGGGCUGUGCCAUCGGACAGUCUGUAUAGCUUCUUGAGUCUUUUAGCUGUUACCUCCGGUGCUCCCAUCUCCUGCUUCCCCUCACUCUUCACUCGCAGUCUUCGUUCCUGAGCUGCUUGGUGAGUUCCAGGCCUGUGUCAAUCAGCAGGGGCAUUAGUGUCUCGGCGUUUUCUAGAAAGAAGCCAGAAAGCCUGCACCACGUUAGGAGCUUGUCAUGACCACUCCGUGUGUCCAUUCUUCCCUCCUUCUGGCCACCUCAUUCCGUGUGUCUGCAUCCACCCAAACACAUUAUUAAGUACCAACAAUAUGCGACCUGCUGUGUGGUCUAUACGCGAACUCACACAUGGAUCCUGACCUUGGGAAAUUUAUAGUCCAGGAGAGAAAACAAAGCUGAAACACAAACAACUUCAAUCAAAAGGAGAAACAACAGGUGAAGAAAUCUUAUGAAGAAAUUUCUUUGUGUGGACGCUAAGCUAUGCGGUUCUGCAUGCACCCGGGGACCCAAGUGAGGGGUCCUUGGGACGUGUGUUUGCGGGAGGAAGGCACUGACUGGCUGUGUGCACAUGUGUGACUUGGUGUAGGUCUACUCGACGUCUGCACUGGGGCUCAGGUUUGCUCCCGAGGCUGGAACACUGGUGCGUUGUGACGAGGCUACACUGGACAGGCUGUUAUGUUAAUAAACGUGCUCCAUCGGCAUGUACAUAUGUUCCUGUUUACACGUCUAUUUUCAAAGCUAAAGAGCAUGGAAGUGUCUGCUCUGUUUGUACUAUUUUGAGUAAAAAUGUUUUUGCUUUUUCUGCCAAUUACAUUUUAACUAAUUUUACACAAGGCAUUCCCCAGGUAAGAACUAAGCUUAGCAAAUCUGUUCCUGGAUUUAAUGUCCCAUCAAGGCAGGAGGACUUACGUAACUUUCCACUAGAGAUUUAAACCUUUUUUUGCCUUCUUCUCAGGGGAAGAAGACAUGGGGGUGGGAAAAUAGAAAUGUCAUAUACAUAAUUUUUUUUUUACUACUUACUUUACUAUUGCCCGUUAUACAUCUGAAGACUGUUGGUGCAAGGACAUAAAAAUGCAUUCACUUGGUUUUCCCAUAAAACGAUUGUUUCAUUUAUAUAUUUCUGAAACAAUUCACUUAUAUAUUUAUACCAUAAUUUAAAAUGCAGUAAUUGAAUUACUUUUAAAAGUCUAAUAUUUUGAUGCAAAUGAAGCUACAAGUUAACUGACUUUUAAGAAACAGAUACUCGCUUAGCUUUUACCAUUUUACAGGAAGCAGGCCAAACUUGGAGAACAUAAGAAAUCAUCAAUACCAUAUAGCAAAGCAAGCAAACCUAUUUCCUGCUUUCCCUCCAGAUUUAACAGCCUCUUCUGCAUCAAGGAGAUAUAGAACAAACUUAUUUUUAGAAAAGAAACUGAGGUGGAAUAAACGCUCCUCUCUGCAAAUACAAUGAAUACAGAUUUUGCCCCCAGGAAUUUGUCUCAUUUGGAAAUAUAAAUUUCAUUCAACUGUAUUCAUAAAUCAUAUGUAUCUCUUUCUUCCCCAUUGGAAUGACUUUAUGAGUGCUAUUCAUUCAAGAGCCUGAAAUGGUUAAGUGUAGGCUUGAGUAAGGUGAGGGCAAGAUGAGAUUAAGAUGGGAUGUAAACUCUCAUCUCCUAGUGUUCAUUUAAAAAAAUACCCAGCAGGUCCCCAAACACUGAAUUAAUACUUACAGAUGAGGUCUGACAAUUAAGUUCGCGAACUCAUUGCAACAAUGUUGCUAACCUUUUUUGAUAUCAGAGGGAUUAUUCCUUAUUAAUUUGUACCAAGGGGACAAACAUUUAACCAAGUUUACUAUUUGGAAGUGCUGAAAAGGCAGCGUGAAAGUUAGAUAAAAACGAGCAAAACAUUUCACCACCAAUUCAUGGCUCUUGCAUCAUGACAAUGCACCAGCUCAAGCAGCACCGUCUGUGAGGGAGUUUUUA